AUGGCUGACAGAUACUCCUUUUCUCUAACAACCUUCUCCCCAAGUGGGAAAUUGGGUCAAAUCGACUAUGCAUUGACUGCAGUUAAACAAGGUGUUACAUCGCUUGGUAUCAAGGCUACCAAUGGUGUAGUAAUUGCAACUGAAAAGAAGUCCUCUUCCCCACUUGCGUUGACAGAAACAUUAUCAAAAAUUGAAUUAAUUACCCCAGAUAUCGGUGCGGUAUAUUCAGGUAUGGGUCCAGAUUAUAGAGUUUUAAUUGAUAAAUCCAGAAAAGUUGCUCAUACAAAUUAUAAAAGAAUAUACAACGAAUAUCCUCCAACCAAAUUACUAGUCUCCGAAAUUGCUGAAAUUAUGCAAGAAGCUACACAAUCUGGUGGUGUUAGACCAUUCGGUGUAUCACUCCUGGUGGCUGGUUUUGAUGACCAUAAAGGUUUCUCACUUUAUCAAGUUGAUCCAUCAGGUUCUUAUUUCCCAUGGAAGGCUACUGCUAUAGGGAAAGGUUCUACUGCAGCAAAGACAUUUUUAGAAAAAAGAUGGAAUGAUGAAUUAGAAUUAGAGGAUGCUAUUCAUAUUGCCCUAUUGACGCUAAAAGAAUCAAUCGAAGGUGAAUUUAACGGUGAUACAAUAGAAAUUGCUAUAGUGGGUGAUACUAAUGACGACCUUUUGGGCUACACUGGUGUUCCAAAGGAUAAGGGCCCUAGAUUUAGGAAACUGACUUCUCAAGAGAUUAAUGACAGACUUGAAGCUUUAUAA